GUUUGCUUUUAUGUUACAGCGGCUUAGCAGGGAAGACUGUUACUGGGUCUGUUGCAGUUCUGCUGAAAUUCACAGAUUGUCUGAUUUUAAAACUAAUUGUUUCUCCGGUUUAUCUGCAGGCUCGUUUGAUCCAGGUGAUGAGUGUGAUUGCAGUCCUGUCUGUGAAUAUGGUGACAGCCAACAUGUUACUGAGUGUCUUCUUUCUUUCAGGUGCUUUGGCUGAUUGUCUUCAGAGAUCAAACCUCUUAAUUACUGCACCACAGAAGAUGGAAGCACUGAGUGGAUCUUGUUUGCAAAUCCCAUGUAACCUUAGAGCUAAACCAGAACAAGAGUUUAACAGCAGCAGAGAAACCUUUGGAGUUUGGAUUAAGACUGACUACAGAUUUGGCCUCAAUCCAAACAAUGUGAUUUUCAACAGUAGUAAGACAGUUAACACGUAUCCAAUGAAUAUUACUGGAAACCUGAGUCAGAAAAACUGCACCACUCUGUUUUCCAGUUUAAUCACAAAUUAUACAGACACAUACUACUUCAGAAUUGAGACUAAACCAUUCAGAGCAACAGCUGAAUGUGAUCCUCUUCAAAUAACAGUUAAAGAUUCUCCUCCGAGCCCCAGAAUUGAGAUCUCAGGUGAUCUGAAGGAGAAGCAGUCAGUCACUAUAACCUGCUCAGCUUUCACUCCCUGUCCACACUCACCUCCUAAACUCACCUGGAAUCUCCAAAAAAACUCUCACAACCACACAGAAGAAAACACAGAUGGAACCUUCACAACUAAAAUCCAGGAGAGCUUCACUCUGUCAGACCAACAUGAUGGAUACAACAUCACCUGUUCUGUCAGAUAUCCUGUGAAUGAAGGAAAAGAUAACAAGACAGCAGAGGAGAGAAAGACUCUCAGUGUUUCAUAUGCUCCUGAAAACACCUCAGUGUCCAUCAGUCCAUCAGGUUUGGUGUCAGCAGGUAGCUGGGUGAACCUGACCUGCUCCAGCAGAGCCAAGCCUCCCGUCAGCCGCUUCACCUGGUUCAAGAACAGCAAAGAUGGACCCAUGAUUGUAUCUGAAGGACCGUUUUACAGCUUCAAUAUGACAGAUGGAGGAGUUUAUUACUGUGUGGCAAUGAAUGAUUUUGGUGCUCAGGCAUCAUCAUGGAUUCAUUUAAACAGUGCAGAUGUUAAAAGAGAGACUCCAACGAUGGUUACCCAUCUACAAUUGGGUUCAGCUGUCAGAGGGAUCAUUGUUGUCAUUCUCAUCUGCACUGCUCUCUGUGUUUGGUGGUUUAAGUGGAAACAUCAAACUCCACAACAGACUCAGAGUCAAAGAGGUGAAGAGCUUUCUCUUCAAAUGCCAGUCAGCACAAAUUAAGAAAACAUCCAUUAUGGAGAGAUUGACUUUCGAAGAGGAGACCUGAACCGUCCUCUGACUCAGUGCAGGACAGUGGACAGCAGCAGGAUUCGCUGUAUGCACAGGUCAAAGUGUCUGAGCCAUCAAACAGAUUAACUCACACUGCUGAUGGUCCAGAGGAUCUCUACGCUCAAGUUAAG